AUGGAAUCAGCUGCUUUGCUUAGCCCGUCUUCCGACGAACGCUUAUGGAUCAAUCUUCGUGAUCGUGUAGACGAUAUUCUAGAUGAUCCGAAACUGAAUCGCUCUACUACUGUAAGGGCUUUUAUUCUGUGCGAUGCUGAAUCCAGGCGUGGGAAGCGUUUUACGGAAGAUUCUAUGCUUUUAAUCAAAGGGUUGGAUUCGGUCUCUUCUUCUCUUUCCCAGCUAACAGAUGUUUUAGGAGCAGCCCAACAGGGGCUCAAUGAUCUAGCAAAGCCUUCUCUCCGAAAAUCACAGAAAAGAGAGAGCACAAGAACAAGCGAUGAGGAGGAUGAACAGAGAAAAGCAAAGAAACGCUGUGGUCCUAAUGUUGUUCAGGAGCUGGAGGAUUCAAAAGAAGAAGCUAAUCUCAAGGAAAAUCAUGAAGAUAAACAGAAUUCAAUUGAUGUUACAAAAAGUGUGAAUCUAGAUAAGACGAAAAAUCUUGCAAUGUUAAUGGUGUCUAAAGCAACUUCACUAGCAAAGGAACUAAAAAUGAUAAGAGCCGAAUUAAAUUUUAUGCAAGAAAGAUGUACUCUGCUUGAAGAGGAAAAUAGAAGGCUCCGUGAUGGUCCUGGGAAAGGAGCAAUGCCGGAUGAAGAUGAUCUGGUGAGACUACAACUAGAGGCACUUUUGGCUGAGAAAUCCAGAUUGGCAAACGAGAAUGCAAACCUUCUCAGGGAGAACCAAUGCCUUCAUCAACUUGUUGAGUAUCAUCAAUUGACACUGGAAAACUUAACACCUUCAUACGAGGAAGAGAUCAAUGGGUUGCGGUUAGAUUUCUCGUCCCCAGAAAGAAAAGCAGACAGUGAAUCAGAUGAUCAUGAAAUCCUCAAUGCUGGUGAACUUUCAGACAUUUCGAAUACUAAGACAAUUCUCACCUCUCUUGAUAAACAAAGCAAUGGACAAGAGAGCAAGGCAGCAGCAGCUUAG